UCUUGGGAAUGUAAAUAACUGGUUUGAACAUUUUUGUUGACUGCACUUUAUGUAAUGUUAGCCUAACGUCACACGUUACUUUUCUUUUGGCGGGCGGUGAACGUAACGCACGUAACGUUAGGUUCAGAUAACAAACUGGACGCUAACUCGUCUCCACGUCGACGUUAACGUUGGGGUUCACGCUAGCUAACCGUGAUGGAAAGCCCUGCUGAUGACUACAGGAUCCAGUCCUUUGACCUGGACACUCAGAUGUUGCUGAAGACAGCCUUGAAAGAUCCAAGUUCAGUGAAUCUGGAGAAGGUUUCAAACGUCAUCGUGGAUCAGUCUCUAAAGGACCAACUUUUCAGCAAAGAAGCUGGUCGCAUCUGCUACACCAUCGUGCAGGCCGAGACCCAGCAGAACAACGGCAACGUGUUCAGGAGGAGCGUGUUGAACCGCCUCCAGCAAGAGUACAAGAGGCGAGAGGAGACGAGGGGGCGCUCGCGGCAGGAGUGGAUGUGCUACGUCUCGUUCAUCUGCAACGUCUUCAACUACCUCAAAGUGAACAACAUGCCGAUGGUGGCUCUGGUACAUCCUGUCUAUGACUGUCUGAUCCGGCUCGCCCAACCAGACGCUCUAAUGAAUGAAGAGGAGGUAGACUGCCUGGUGGUGCAGCUGCAUCGCAUCGGCGAGCAGCUGGAGAAGGUGAACGCCCCGCGCAUGGACGAGCUCUUCUUCCUGCUGCGGGACGGCUUCCUGCUGCAGGAGGGGCUGACCUCCAUGGCCCGGCUGCUGCUCCUGGAGAUCCUGGAGUUCCGGGCCGGAGGCUGGUCGCUCAGCGGCACCGCCCACAAGUACUACUACAGCGAAAUUGCUGACUAGGAUCAGGGAUUUUAGGGGGGUUUUGUGUGGACGCGGGAACCGAGCCGCUGCUUCUGCAGCCCUUCGGAUUAGAAAACCAGCAAAUUUCUAAAGGACGUCAGCCUCCUCCGGGGAAACGGGGGGAGGGCUUCGAGAAGACGGCGCCUCACAAACUGUGGAAUGGCUUUUUGAUUUGGCUGUUUGAUCAUUUGACCGCCACGUGGUGGCGUGGAUGCGGAAUGUGCAAUAGUUGUACAAGGCGUUGUAGUUCAGUUGAUGAGGUUUAGCCACAUUCAGGUACACUUUGUUCUUAAGAAGCUGAAGCUAUUUUAUUUGUUGUUUUUAUUGAUCUUGCCGGCAUUCCUGUUUUUUACCAAAUCCAAAGGACUUGGAAGCGACAUUCCAGUAAGAAACAAGCUCAUUUGCUUUACUUUUUAUAGUCGUGCGACCAAAUUUGAUUGAAAAUCUAUAUUUUAAUAAUUUAGUUGAGAUUUUUUGUGUGGAAUUGACAUUUUACAGGUUUGAAAAGCUAUUCAGAGGAAUUUUCUGCCUUUUUUUUCUUUGUAGGAUUCCUGCAUUAAAGUUGGGUUAGGUGUCGUAGUAUGAGGCAGUUUUAUUAAUUGAGACAUUUUAUUUUAAUUCUUUGUCAUAGCUCAUCUAAAACAUAAGAACACAGCUGCAGUUCACAUUUUAACAUUUGACAUUCAAUAUAUUUCUGGACGUUUGUUAAGCAAUUGGUGCAAAUAUAGACUAACUGAAAUAAAAGUAGCAAUAUGACAGUAGACAAAAUGUUGCAGGAUAACCCAUUUCAAAAUAUAUAUAUCUAUAGAUAUAUUGGAUCCUAAUAAUUGAUGCAUUAAUACAGAAAAAACAACUAUUUACCCUGAAAAUGUGCUUAGCCCCCCCCCAUGGCUGGAGGAACGUCUGUCUACUGAAUUCCCAGCAGAGAAGUGAUGUUCCUCUGAAUGAGGACUGCCACACUUCUUCUGAGCGGAUCUCUGCUGUUUACGGCGUCACGAUCUCUAACCAGAGUUGUGCCUUUUGAUUCUGACAACAGCACAGCAGACAAACGUUACACCUCUCGGAGAAGUACGGUUCAAUGUAAAAUUUGCAGAUUGAUUAAGGAAGUGUAUUAUAUUUCCCAAAAUAUCUUCUGAUUGUGUUAGAGGAUUUCAGUUUAACAUUUGUUUUUCACCACUUUGAGACCAAGUAGAUAUAACGAACGUGAGUCAUUCAAGUUAAAUUAGUCCCUUAAUGAGGCAGUGCUGACUUGCGACAGCAGCUCAUAGUUAAUAACAUUUUUACAUUUCUCAAUUCCAUUUUCAUGGUUUGUUUGUACAUUUGAUGCAGACUUAUUUGUUCAAAUAAAUCUUUGAAGUUUA